GUAUUUUGGCCAACAGUACCUACUAUGACAUUUGGUGAAGAAUUAUUUAUAGCUGAAGCACCUAUGGCCAAAUCGGUUAGCGUACAAUUUUUGAAUUUUAGUGCUCGUGCUUGGUCCCACACUACAAAGGACCACUUUCAUGAUGAAUGGGGAUUUAUCACUGCUGAUUCAAAUGGCAAUGUAACUCUCAUGACAACUGGAAACAAUGGUUUCACAACGUAUGAAGUAGGUUUAUUAUCACCGAAUAAACUCGUUCUAACAUUGAAGGAUAUUGGCCGAAUAUCAUUUUCAAGAGAUUUGCCUGUAGAAGAUGUGAGUCGCUUUAUUUCUGUUUGA